ACUGUCUGCGCAUUGCAAUUGACGAUGGUGAAGACUUCCGCCAUUUCACGAACCGAGUGAGAGCGGCUCGACGACGAUAUAACUUUCGUGCUCAGACAGAAGAACAGUUCUUUUGUCUCGUCGUUCUCACUGGACUUAAGUCGAAAGCCCAUGAGUCAUUACGCGCCCGAAUUCUCCAGAAGCUUAACUCGGAUGGAGAAAACGUUACAUUCGACGACGUGAUGAACGACUGCGAAGAGUUCAUAGCGAUGCGUUCCGAAAAUAAGUUAUACGAAGAAACAGAACGUCUGGUUAAUAACGUCCGCGCCAAGACCCCGCCUAAAGAAGAAAAGACCAAGAAGGCAAAUCGUCCACCGAGUACGUGCAAGCGAUGUGGUGAGUGGCAUUGGUACAAAGACUGUUCAUAUGUAAGACACAAAUGCCAAAAGUGCAAUCGUGUAGGACAUUUAGAGAAAUUAUGUCGACGACCACAGAAGAAAAAGCAAGUGUGCUCCGCCAGGGUAGGAAUUAUCAAAAAUUUUGUAAACGCCUGCAGACUGCUAAAAAUGAAGAUUGAGGUUAAUGGACACCCAGUCGACUUCUAUCUCGAUAGUGGAUCUGAAAUUAACAUUAUUGACGAAACGACAUACGAUGCCAUCGGACGACCCACACUCCAGCCUUGUACGGAACGAGCCAGAUCUUACGACGGAAGUACUCUCUUGCCACCAUUCCUAGGGAAGGGAUGCACCACCUUCUGUCACCAUGACAUCUGCAAAGAAGAACCAUUCUAUGUGGCCAAGAAAGGAGCUCUCAACCUCCUCGGAAUCGACGCUAUGCACCACUUUCAUUUCUUUGCUGCUAAGGUUUAUGAGGUUAACACCUGUCAGAAGCCAAACAAUUGGCUUCGAGUCAUCGAAUCGUUGCAGCACAACUUUCCAGAAGUUUUCGAGGAAGGACUGGGACUCUGCAAGGUAACGAAAGCUUCGUUAAUGUUGAAGCCAGACGUCACACCUGUCAAACGCAAGGCCAGAUCAGUUCCCUACGCCUCACGACCAAAAGUGGAAGAGGAACUCGAUCGCCUGCUGAACUUAGGAGUCAUCAAACCCGUCGACUAUGUAGAAUGGGCUGCUCCUAUCAUAGUAAUUACAAAACCUAACGGAUCGUCACGUCUGUGUGUAGACUACUCAAUGGGUCUCAACGAUGCUCUCCAGCUCAAUCAGCACCCAUUACCACUUCCGGAAGACAUCUUUUCCACACUCAACGGUGGUCGAAUAUUUUCAAAAAUAGACUUUUCUGACGCCUAUUUGCAAGUGGAACUCGAGGAAACUUCCAAGAAAUUCUGCAACAUCGCGACACACCGCGGGUUCUACGAAUUCCAACGUCUUCCAUUCGGAGUGAAAUCGGCUCCAGGCAUCUUCCAAUCGAUCAUGGACUCCAUGAUCUCGGGACUAUCGUUCGCCUUUGCAUACCUAGAUGACAUAGUCAUCGUCAGUGGCAACGUCGACGAUCAUCACCGACAUCUUCAUGAGGUGUUUCAUCGCAUUCACAACUAUGGGUUCCGAAUCCGACCAGAGAAGUGCGCAUUCUUCCAGGAUUCCAUUAAAUACUUAGGCUACAUCGUCGAUAAGGACGGACGCCGCCCGAACCCUUCCAAGGUCGACGCAAUCAUCAAUAUGCCGCCACCGACAGACCUAUCCACACUUCGCUCAUUUCUUGGUAUGGUGAAUUACUACCAAACCUUUGUCCACAACAUGCGUCAAAUUCGCCAACCAUUAGACGAAUUACUCCAGAAAGACCGAAAGUGGCAGUGGUCGAACAAAUGUCAACAGGCUUUCCAGCGCAUCAAGGACAUACUCAAGUCGGAUUUACUCCUCACCCACUAUGAUCCGACGCUCGAGAUCAUUGUCGCAGCCAAUGCGUCAAGUCUAGGGCUUGGUGCCGUCAUCCAACACCGUCUGCCCGACGGUUCAAUUAAGGCUAUCGCUCACUCGUCUCGCGCGCUCACUCCAGCCGAGAAGAACUAUAGCCAGAUCGAAAAAGAAGGUCUUGCACUCAUCUUCGCUGUGCACAAGUUCCACAAGAUGAUUUACGGACGACCUUUCACGCUUCUGACGGAUCAUAAACCGCUCCUUGCCAUCUUCGGCAACAAGAAAGGUAUUCCGACACAUACAGCCAACCGUUUGCAACGCUGGGCAACGACUCUUCUUGGUUACAACUUCAAGAUCGAAUACCGGAAAACUACCGAAUUCGGACAAGCCGAUGCUUUGUCACGCCUCAUCUCCGCCCAACCAUUACGGGAUGAAGAAACGGUCGUAGCAACCAUCCAAGCUGACUUGGACCUUACAGCCUUGUCGUCUCAACUACCUGUAACCUUCGACAAACUGUGCGAGCAAACAAAGAAGGAUCAGCUCCUUCAAACGAUCAGGCAGUACAUCACUUCCAAGUGGCCAAACGUCGACAAGCUUCGGGAGUCCCCCGACUGGACUCAAAUCCAACAGUUGUAUCGUUGACGCGACGGACUCAGCGUCGAAAAGGGAUGUCUCGUCUAUAACGAACGCAUCAUCAUCCCCACACUACUCCAACGUAGGGUACUCAAACUCCUACAUCGUGGACACCCCGGUAUCCGAUGUAUGAAAUCUCUAGCCUGCAACUAUGUCUAUUGGCCGAAUAUAGACCGCGACAUCGAGUCAACCGUGCGACAGUGCUCUCCAUGCAUCUCAGCUGCAAAACAACCGGUAACUUCCGAACUAUUCUCCUGGCCGAAACCNAUCCCUUAUCGAAAAAACUAUUACGCGGCAUAA